CAUCCUCUCAUUUCAUUUGUCUCGCCUCUCACCAACUAAAACAAAACCCAUUUUCUUCAAGCACUUGGCUUCUCCCUCCUUUGACUCAGAUCGUCUGCUUUGGCAAGAGAGCAAGGAUCUUUGACGAAACUUUUCGUGGUUGAUCUCCACCGACAUCGAUUCAACCCCAGGAUAUGAGAGAGAGAGAGAGAGAGCAAUGUCUUCCUUCAACGCGUACGACAUUGAUGGCGAGGAGGAGAUUAACGUGAACACAUUGAAUAGUCAUUUCAUUGAUGACGAAGAUGAACGGAGCUUCACUGCCGCCGGCAAAGGUUAUGCUUCUUACUCUAGCUUCCCAUCUGGGGGAUUUCCAGCUGACGAUGACGCGGCCGUCGACCACGCCUCCGCAUCGCCUGAGAUCUACGGAUUCGACGAUCCAAACCCUAGCUACUCCCAAUCUCCGUUCAACCCGAUCCACGUGGAUAAUGGAAAUGGGAACGAGAACUGUUACGGUGGUUUUGAUGAAAACAACAUCAGCAUCGGCAUUGAUGACGGUGUUUUCAGCUCCGACGGUCCGAUGCUUCCGCCAUCGAUCAAAAUGGAGCUAGAGGAAGGUUUUGCUCUUUGUGAAUGGAGGCAGUGA